UGUUGAGCGUGCUCGGUGCUCAACUCGAGCUGAACUUUUUUUUUUUUUCCCGGGGCAAACACCACCACAGGCAAACUCCAUCACUAGCUUUACUUGUCGCUUCUCUUUGGCGAUUAUGGCCACCGUGCGGCCGAUUGCGUGUGUCGUGUCGAUGUUACUCGUCGUGGUUUCCGAGAGGUUCUCGGCGCUGGCCGCCUUCUCGCAGUCUUUGGACAGCGACUUCACGUUCACUCUACCCGCCGGUCGCAAGGAAUGUUUCUACCAGACUAUGAAGAAGGACGCCUCGUUGGAAAUAGAAUACCAGGUAUUAGACGGGGCAGGCCUGGAUGUGGAUUUCUUCAUCUCCUCUCCUUCUGGCCAGAUAUUGUACAGCGACUUUCGCAAGUCAGACGGAAUGCACACUGUGGAGACGGUGGACGGGGACUACAUGUUCUGCUUCGACAACACCUUCAGCAGCGUUUCGGAGAAGCUCGUCUUCUUCGAGCUCAUCCUGGACAAUAUGGACGCCGACGAGGAGCCCGACGACUGGAAGGAGUACGUGCAUGGCACCGACAUCCUGGACAUGAAGCUGGAGGACAUCAUGGACACCAUCAACAGCGUGAAGUCGCGGCUGGGCAAGAGCGUACAGAUCCAGACGGUGCUGCGCGCCUUCGAGGCCCGUGACCGCAACCUGCAGGAGAGCAACUUUGACCGGGUCAACUUUUGGUCGGUGGUCAACCUGGUGGCCAUGAUGCUGGUGUCGGGCAUGCAGGUCUACCUGGUCCGCUCGCUCUUUGAGGAGAAGAGGAAAAUUUGCACGUAACAAACUGUAUAAAGGGCGGGCGGGUGGGACAAAAACACUGUUUGGGAUAUUUCAGAAACAUAAAUGAACCUUGGAUUAUUAUUUUUUAUUUUCCCGCUCUUGACUUCACUGGAUAUUGAAGUUGAAGGGAGUUCUAUUUUUUGACACAAUUGCUGGAAGUUUUUAUUACUGAUCGGACUCACAAUGCUUUUAUCAUUAGGAGUCUCAGCCUAACAUUUGUCAACACUGCGUAGAAUUAUUUUUUUUUUUAGCUGACAAAUGUUCACCAGGACACACUUACUCAUUCAAUCACACACCCGCAUGCCUACACGCACAAACACACACUUUACUUCCUUUUACAAGUAGUAUUUCAUGAAUGUCAUCGUUUAUUUCCAGCCUACAAGACCAUCCAGUGUUGCGUUCGAGUGAUUUUCAUAAAGUGUAUAAUCUACCAAGAAGUGAGUUGAUUUAUUUUAUUGACUGUUACAAUCAGAAAUAAAGAUGUAUAGUUAUUA